AUGCAGCCACCUGCACAGGCCCCUUCUAUUCCCUCUAAAUUCGAUGAUGAGGUUGACGAUGCUGAUCCUGACCUCCCUCCCGACCACGUAUGGGCUUAUCCAUGUAAGCUGCCUUCGUGUCCCGACUACGGCAAGUCCUGGGGCCUUCGAAGCAACUUCUUCCAUCUGCAGGAGCAAGAUUCACACAAAACAACAGCAAUGACACUAGCCGCACGCCGUACAAUUGAGAAAGAGUGGCGGUAUACGACCGAUCCUAACCUACCGCCUCGGGCAGCCCCAGAUUUCCGUUCCCGAGAGGAUCCAGACGAGCACGUGUGGGACUACAAUUUCAGAGAUGACACUGGGAAGGUGGUUACAGGCAGGGGCACGAUGAAGCAAAUGGAGAUGCAUAGGGCGUCACGACGCCGAGAAACGCAGGGAAGGCAGACAGCGUAGCCGCGGUCUUGCUGAUGCGGUUGCGAUAAGCCUUCGCUUUGUGUAGUAGCAAAAUGACGCGUUAUAACGCGACACGAGAAUCGUAAAGGCAUUUGCUUGAUGGAAAUAAGUGAUCUAAUGUUACUCUGAGAGGCUCUUGGUUGAUGAUGUAUUCAUAAUCAAUGUCAUGAUCCGCAGUGCGCUUCGCUGCUCUCUCCUCUUGCUUAGCGUACCUAGCGUCAUCGCUUGACUGGAUCUCUUCAGGAGGUGUUUCCGACCGUUUCCGCUUGUUAACGUUGUCAGCCAAGGAUUCUUUGCGCAGUGCUCGCCGUACUUUGCUCUCUGCCGCAUCAACAUAUCGGCAGAGCUGUAUCCCAGAUAUGCAAAUUUCUGCAUCCUCAU